UGGAAAGCACCCGACGAAUGCUUGCUCUUUGUGAAGAGAGCGCGGAAGUUGGGAUGCGAAGCAUUGUUAUGUUGGACGAGCAAGGAGAGCAACUUGAUCGAAUUGAGGAAGGAAUGGAUCAAAUUAAUGCUGACAUGAGAGAAGCCGAAAAAAACCUAAGUGGAAUGGAAAAAUGUUGCGGCAUUUGCGUACUACCCUGCAAUAAGUAAAUAUUUAACAAAUAUAUUUUUAUAAACGAGCUAAAAUAACUUAAAAAUAUUUUUUCAUACAUAACAUAAACUUUUGGCCAAUCGAUUUUAUGAGAGCUAUGUAUAUAAUAUCGAAUCCGAUGUGGAUUGUGUUGUGAGAGCAAAAUGAUAAUAGUUAUUCGUUGAGAUAUCUUUCAAAAAAAUUGAAACAAAAAACACUUUUGUAAAAUCCACAAUCUUUUCGGUAAUGCUUCGGCGUAGCCUCCACACAUAAGGAAUGUCCAAAUAAGUCGGGGAUGGCAUUCCUCGUAGUUUUUUCUCAAGAUUCCAUUUACGGCGGUAGUUAACUUUAUAGCGUUUUUUUAAAAUAUAAGCAAUUAAAAGUUGCCGAUAGCGCGUUGGUAGCACGAUUGUCAAGUGUCGUGCAGAAACGAUACUACUUCACGAUGAAUUUCCGAUAAUUUUUGAACUAUCGUCAACACUUUGAGAUGAGCGAAUGACAGCUGCUAACUAUCGAUGAUGAAUCAUUAAAA